ACAGAAAAACGGACACUGUAAAUACUGUGAGAAAACCAACAUGUGGACUGCACGUGCUAGCUUCAAUUUUUGCACCCUGGCUACGGAAGGGGGGGGGGGGGAGGGGUGCGCUGUUUCACGGCACGUCGCGGUUGGGCUGGGGCUAUUGGGAGCGGGGUGGGGUCAUAGAGUGGAGCGGAGGGGGGAGUCACAGAGUGGGGGGGGGGGGGAGGACAAGAUAUGGGAGGCCGUGGUAGGCUUGUACACAAGCGAUGUUAGGAGGGUCACCGACAGUGGGGGGGGGGGGGUGGGUGGAAAGGGUCGAACAAUUGGAAGUGUGAAAGGGCCAGAGGAGGCAGGAAGGCAGGCAAACAGACAGACAAGAUAG